CGUAGUUCAUACUACUCCUCAUCAAUCAGCAGUAAGCACCACAUUCACCUGAGUUUCUGAGGCUUCCAAAACAUGGCUUCCCUUGGCAUGUCUGAAAUGCUUGGAAACCCCAUCAACUUUGGUGGUGCAACCAGGUCAGCCCCAUCUCCCUCUACCCCUUCCACCUUCAAAACUGUGGCUCUUUUCUCUAGAAAAAAGGCAGCACCACCUCCAAAGCAGAAACCUGUUGCUGUCUCUUCUUCAAAUGAGGAACUAGCCAAGUGGUAUGGUCCUGACAGAAGGAUCUUCUUGCCAGAAGGUCUCUUGGACCGAGCUGAGAUCCCAGAGUACUUGACAGGAGAAGUCCCAGGAGACUAUGGUUAUGACCCUUUUGGUCUUAGCAAGAACCCUGAGAACUUUGCCAAAUAUCAGGCAUAUGAGUUGAUUCAUGCCAGAUGGGCAAUGCUUGGUGCUGCUGGAUUCAUCAUUCCUGAGGCCUUCAACAAAUUUGGAGCAAACUGUGGUCCUGAGGCUGUUUGGUUCAAGACCGGAGCUUUGCUUCUUGAUGGGGGUACAUUGAACUACUUUGGUAAACCCAUCCCCAUCAAUCUUAUUGUUGCUGUCGUUGCUGAGGUUGUUCUUUUGGGAGGUGCAGAGUACUACAGAAUUAUUAAUGGCCUGGAUCUUGAAGACAAGCUUCAUCCAGGUGGUCCAUUUGACCCAUUGGGGCUAGCAAAUGAUCCAGACCAGGCUGCAUUGUUAAAGGUGAAGGAAAUUAAGAAUGGUAGACUUGCUAUGUUUGCCAUGCUUGGUUUCUUUAUCCAAGCUUAUGUAACUGGAGAAGGUCCUGUUGAGAACCUUGCAAAACAUCUUAGUGACCCUUUUGGCAACAACUUGCUCACUGUCAUUGCUGGGACUGCUGAGAGGGCUCCAACUCUGUGAAUCAAUAAUCUUCAUGUUUUUCUCCUAUCUUAAAUGUACAAUACAUCUCACUGAGACAUUAUUGUUAAGGCAUUUUGCUUUGUUCCUUAGAA